AUGGGUGAGGGAUUUGUUCCAUUGAUAUUCCUUGUUUCACUAACAAUCGUCUUAGUUGCUUUUGUUUAUUUUUUGCUGGAAGGGUUUGUUUGGGUUGAGGCACGUACAGCCUUAAAGCCGAGCAGUACGACAAACUUGAGCAUAGAAAACAAAUGCGAUUAUCCUGUCUGGCCGGUAAUCAACGGCACCUCCACUGAAUUUUCGAUCUCAACCACCUGCUUUGUCCUCAAGAGAGGAGAGGCGCGUCUCAUCAGUGUUUGCCCGUCCACUACUCCCAACAGCACAAGAAUCAACAACGGAAGCGCAGUGGCUCCAACAAUUAGCGGAAGCGCAGUUGCUCCAACAACUAGUGGACCUCCCCGAAAGUCUCAACCCUUUAAAGUUCCUACAAAACAAAAAUCAUCAUGGAAGUCAAAGCUUAUACCUGGAAUCUCAGCAGGUUUAACUGUGCUGAUCAUUAUUAUUGUCAUGGCCAUAAUAUUGAGAGCAAAGAAGGUGAGAAAGAGUGAUUGGAAUGAUAAAAACAUUGAGACGGUUGUUCAAUUGAAGCGAUAUAGUUACGCAAAAAUCAAGAAAAUGACAAACUCAUUUGCGCAUCUUCUUGGGAAAGGAGGAUAUGGAACUGUCUACAAAGGAAAGUUACUAGAUGAUGGCCGAGAUGUUGCAGUAACGAUCUUGAAGGAGUCAGAGGGAAAUGGAGAAGAGUUUAUCAAUGAAGUGGCUAUCUUAAGUAGAACAUCUCAUGUUAAUAUUGUUUCUCUUCUUGGAUUUUGUUAUGAAAGGAACAAGAGAGCGAUAAUCUAUGAGUUCAUGCCAAAUGGAUCCCUAGAUAAGUUUAUUUCCGAAAAUAUGUCUGUGAAGAUGGAAUGGGAAAGGUUGUACGACAUUGCGGUGGGUGUCUCUCGUGGCCUAGAGUAUUUGCAUAAUGGUUGUGUAUCGAGGAUUGUGCAUUUCGAUAUAAAGCCGCAAAAUAUACUUCUGGACAAAGAUCUUUGCCCAAAGAUUUCAGAUUUCGGUCUUGCUAAGCUUAGUAAAAAUAAGGAGAGCAUCAUGUUGAUGUUAGACAUGAGAGGAACGGCAGGAUACAUUGCUCCUGAAGUUUUUUCAAAGAAUUUUUGA